AUGGAUGAUCAAUCACUCCAGACAGCACAGCAGCAGGCCGAUAACGAUGCUUUGGCAUCAGCAGUCGCAGCCGCCUCAGCCCAUCUGGGAUCAUUGGAUGAUGGAGGAGUAGGAGUGGGGGUGGUUUCAUUGGAUGAUCAACAUCAACCCCAUCAACAUCAUUUCCAUCAUGCAUUACAGCAACCCGACUUCUCACAGCAUCAUCAUCAUGUCAAAGAAGAUCCUCAUCAUCAACACCAUCACGGCGAUCCCGCCAACGACCUCAACGUGGAUGUCGACGUACAUGGGUUAGAGAUACCCGUCGCGGUAGAUGAUGGCUCGCACAUGCAUCAUCACGAUCACAAUAUGGGGAUGGAAGGUGAACCUGAAUUAGAUCUGGGAUUGGGCAAUAUAGGUACACCCAAUGAGUUUGAUCCUAGGGAGAAUGAUCUGAGCGAUUUCGAUAAUCAGAGAUCAAAUUCUUUUGGUAGACCACCCAGUAUAAGGAAAGCUUGUGAUCUGUGUCAUGCUGCCAAACAAAAAUGCUCCGGUGACAGACCAUCAUGCACUCGAUGCGCUGCAGGCGGGUGGAACUGCAACUAUGCACCACGACAACGUCGACGGACUGUACCCAAAGACCAGAAGAAUUCACAUCACAACCUCGACCCAAUGCAGCAACACGGUAUGAGUCAUAGUGCACCUAGUCAUGGAGGGAAGAAGAGAAAGCUGGGAGCGAGAGAAAGCCUCAGUACAUUCGGAUCAGAAGCGAUGGACAUGAAGAUGGCCAUGGGUAUGGCAAUGGAUAUGGGAUUGACAGGUGAAGAAGAGGGUGAGGAGAUGCAGACUAUGUCGGAUGAUCAGAUGCUCGAAUCCAUUGCUAUCGAUGGAUAUCUUGCCGAUCUCCCCCUAGCAAGUUUCGUACAUAAUUUACCAUUUACUGCACCUCCACCACCCGAACCCCAAGUCCACUACAACAACGAUGAUUUCCCUUCUGCCGGAGACAACACGUUCCCCAACUCAGAUAUGGAUCAACAUACCACCUCAGCUCUUCGUGAUGCCAUCUUCUCUCUGAACGAGAACAAUGGUGGUGGACACGGUGAAGGAGCGGUAGAAGGUGAACAUGGUGGAGAUGGACAGGGAGAUCAACACGAGAUGGAUCCUCAUCUUGCGUUAUUGAACUUGACGCAUAUGCAAGAUGAUGGAGAUAACAAUGACCCGAACAAUACCCACAACGAUUCAACGGGAUUACAAAUACCUGAUUAUUCAACUCCAGUCCAUUCGGGAUGCAAUCAUCGACAACUCGUUCCUCAUAUUCUAUCUCUUCUCACUCAACAUACCCUCGAUCCUAAACCUGGUUCCAACACUCCUCUGACAUUAGGUGUAUUUGCUCCUUUGGCAAGAUCAUUAAGAUUAUUUCAUUCGUUGCAUGUAUGUCCUUCAUGUUCAUCAUCACCUCAACAGACCCUACCUCAAUUAGCCCUUUUAUCACGAACGACCACCAUCCUCACUUUCCCUUAUCCACCUAUCAUCUCGUCGACCGUUGGAUCAUCCGCGCAAAUCACCAUUCAUGGAGCGAGAUUAUCCGGUACGGGCUUAUCAGAAGCUAUCGAACAACAUAUCGUAGGGGUUGUAUGGGACUCGUGGAGAGCAAGUAUAAGAGAGAUAUUUGCAGUGUUAGAUAAGAAAGCUCAAGAUAUAAUCAGACCUACAACUUCCUUGGGUGGUACCAAUAAUAACAACAAUGGUACAGAGAAUGGAAACGGUGAUGGAAAGGAUGGAUCGAAUUCGAAUGGAAAUGGUACACCACCCCAACCUGGUACUCCUUCACAAUCGCAGAACCAACCUGCCCAGCCGCCUCAACCGGUUGUUAGUAGUCUGGAAAAACAACGAGCGGGAUUGAUAUUCCAGGCAGUAUCGAGGUUGAGCAAUGCGAUGGAUGAGGUGGAUCCAUAG